UUCCUGAGUGAGAGGACAGUGUACGGGCCAGAGGAGAGGAGACGGGGAGACAGACAGAAGACAGAGAGAGAGAUGUCGGAACCAGCCGCAAACCCCGCCGCCACCUCGUUUCCAACGCCAACUAUCUCUUUACCUUUGGGACUGGAUGUGUUGAGGACCUACUCUGGAGCCCUUGUCUGUUUAGAAAUUUUAUUCGGUGCUCUGGUAUGGAUCCUGGUGGCCUCCUCCAACGUGCCCGUGCCUCUGCUGCAGGGCUGGGUGAUGUUUGUGUCUGUCACCACCUUUUUCCUCUCCUCUUUCUACCUCACUCUGCUCAUCACUGGCUUGGCUGACCGCAUCAACACGGACUGGAACUUCUUGGAUGUGUUUUAUCACUUCCUAGCAUUACUGUUCUACUUUGCUGCGUUUGUGUUGGAGGCGGCGACGACAGCAGCGAAUGGAGGAGCUCACAUCAAUUCACUACCGAACAGCACUGACUCUAUCCUGUGUAUAACCCACCCUCGGGGCAACAUUUUCACUGUGCUGAGUUACAGGCAGUACAGCAUUAACGUGGCAGCCACGGUAUUUGCAUUUGUGGCGACUCUUUGCUACGGCUCCAGUAUGGUGAUGGGAUUCAAGAGAUGGAGGAAGUAACCAGGAGAAUGAACAUAAUGUAACAUCACAUCAUCAGCAUGUCUGUCUUAUUAAAAUAACCAAACCAUCCAGUGGUUCAUUGAGAUCCACUGCUGUUCAGUUCAUUGAAGUGCAAGCUUUAUAAUCACCCCAAUGUGACGCUUUUUUCAGAUAAAUUUCUUUGUCGGAAAACAUUUUGUUAACACACCAAAUGUGUCGGUUUUUAUGUAGGUUCAGUCAGGUCCUUCAGCCAAAACCCACUGGAAAUUAGAAAGAGAACCAAGAGGACUUUAUAUUUUAAUAUACCAUUUUUAGACUUCAAAAGUUAAUUUUGAGAGAUGAAAACGAUGCAUGAAAAACAUUUUUUACCCAUGGAAUUUAAAAGAUGACCCAUUUUAUUUUUGUAAACUUUGUGUUGGCUACUUUUGGUGUUGAUGAGUUGAAAAUAUAUCUGAUAUUACAGUAUGCUGCUUUGAGUACUGUCAGAUAUUGUCAUUAAAUUUGGGAAUAGCUUUUUUCCCAGUAUUAUAGCAGACACAUAGAAUCAAAAUUUGGCACGCAUAACUGCUAAAUGUCAUAAUUAGAAACCUAGAUUAGGUUGAUUUGUGAAUCUGAUGAUUUACUUAAAACUAAUCAUGUAAUCCUGUGAUCAAUUAAAAAAAAAACAUACAAAAAAUGGUACAAUAUUUCAAGCAUCUUUGUCUAUGUGGAUCAUUUAGCCAAGUAUGUUCUGAAAAGCAUUGUAUUUGUGUUUGGUGUUUAUAUUGCACUGUGAUGUAUUAUUUAACUGCUUUGAUCUAACUGAUUUUAAAUCUCACAUGAUUUAUUAUCUCAUUUGUGGUGCACAUUUGUUUGUAUUAGAUGAUUAAUUUAACAGUUUUAGAUUAAAUGUUUGUUUUGACUCCUGCUACUUUUGAAAACUGAAAUGCAUUUUGGAUCUAAAGAAAUAAAAACAUGAAAACCUUA